AUGUCGUACAAUCCGCGGAUGAGCAUCAUUCCCGCGACACAGACACAGUCGCGCAAUACCCGCAAGAAAGAAGAUGAAGCCGACGCGUUCAUGCGCCUGCCGGACAAGGAGAUUGUCGGCUGCAUAACAGACAUCGGAAUCCCCUUCAACGUUGCCGACCUCCAAAAGCCGAACCCAUUGCAGGUGCAGAUGAUUUUCGAAUGGUUUGCCGAAUUGCUCCUCAAUGCGACCCGCGAGACCGUCGAGCCUGCCAUGCGUGCUGCUGCCGAGGACAUCUGCGGCGAAUACUCCGACAUCGUGCCCCCCGACACCCGCAACUUGAUGGGCUUCUACGUUUCUCUGCGAGGUCUUCUAGCAGAGUGCGGCAUUCAGGACUUCAGCUUCAACGACCUUUACAAGCCCACGCACGACCGCCUUGUCAAAAUCUUUAGUUACCUGAUCAACUUUGUGCGCUUCCGCGAAUCUCAGACAAGCGUCAUUGACGAGCACUUCAACAAGGCCGAAACGACGAAAUCCCGCAUAGAGAGCCUGUACUCGGAGAAUCAGGACAUGGAGUCGCGUCUCGUCGACAUGAAGCGCAACCGCAAGGCAAUGGAGGCACAGGUGCGCGAGAAGACGACCCGCAACGAGGAACUCAAGCAGCGACUGCUGGAGCUGCGGCGUAACCAGGAGCGCGUGGCCGCUCGUCUUGAAGACGCAAAGCUUACCGCUAAACAAGAGAGCGCGAAGCUUCGGCCCUACGUCAUGCAGAGUCCUUCGGCGCUGCAGGCGACCCUGACGGAGCUAAGCAACGCGCUCAACAGCGAAAAGUCGCACAUCGAGGCCCUCGAUCGCCGCUCGCGCGCCCUCCAGACAUCGGCCGAUUCCUUCUCGGUGGUCUCUACGGACGUAGCAUCAUGCAUCAAGGUGUUGGACGAAAUUGGCACCGAGUUGGCCAAGGAGGAGGACGAGAACCUGAAGAACGUCAAGCAACGCGAUGCACUAUCGGAGCGCGGUAACAACGUGCGAGAAGUCGAGCGUACGGAGGCAUUGCUGCAGCGGCAAUUGCUCAAGUGGAACAAGCGUACCGAGAAGCUGCGCGAGCAGAGUUCCGCCAAGGCCCAGGACGCCAAGGAGAAGAUGGAGGAGCUUCGUGCUGUUCACCGUAAGCUCACCGAGGAGAGGACGGACAAGGGCAAGGAUAUCGAGAGGCGCCGUGUUCGCAUUGAGCAAACCGAGAAAAAGAUGUUGGACCUUAAGGAGAACAUCGAAAACGAGAUUCACAGUGCCUACGAUGAGUUCCUCAAGAUGGACUCUCACAUCAAGCUAUACAUUACCGAGAUGGAGCAGGCUCUUUAG